AUGACACUGACAGGCUCCCUUGUUAACCACGACAAGUUUAAGGAGACCCAGAAACAGCUUGGCUUACAGCCUUCUGAGCUGGUACAGCUGUCCAAGACCCGAUGGUCGUGCCAGCUGAGGUCAAUCAACGCUAUGAUAGAGAAUUUCCCCGCAGUUCUCACGUGCCUGUCCAACAUCAGCAACCCCACGGCUGUGGGUUUGCAUGCCAACCUUGCCAGAUGGAACUUUCACAGCCGAGCCAUCAACACUGUGUUUGCGCACAGACAGGAUCUCAUUCAGUGUUUUGAGAACAUACGCGACUCGGGUGACUUUGACCCCAAAACCAUGAGAGAGGCAGGAGGCAUGGUCAUGCUGCUGGAACAUCAGGAUUUUAAGUUCUUUCUGGAACUUUUUCACCACAUCAUGCCACAUGUGGACCUCCUCUAUGCCAAGCUCCAGAAGAAGAACAUAGAUGCAGUCCACAUCAAAGGGAGCAUCCAGCAGUUUGAACAGGACAUACAAAACAUCAGAAAUUCUCGCCAUUCCAUGGGUGAGCAAAGCAGUGGUUCUCUGACAGCAAAGAGGCGUCGGGUACUCAGUUCAGAGGAUCGUCAAAAUGUUGCAGAAGAGAUCUGCAACACCAUUCUGGGACACACCAGGGAGCGCUUCUCCUUCACCGACCAUCUUGUCUCUGCAACCUUGCUGCAGGGGGACAGGUUUGAGGACCAUCAGGGGGCAUUUCCUGAAGAGACACUACAAAGCACGCUGAAGGCCUACAAAAUGCUGAAUGGAAGCAAACUGAAGACAGAGCUCAGUCUCAUCUACAGCAAAGUAGAGUUCAGAGCCUGUUGUGGUGCAGUGGACCUGUUCCAGCUGUUCAUGGAAAACAAUCUUGAAGAUGUCUUUUCAGAAACUGUCACUCUCUUAAAGAUCCUCAUCACCACACCCAUGACCACAGCUGAAGCAGAGAGGUGCUUCUCAACCUUGAAAAGAGUGAAAACCUUCCUCAGAAACACCAUGACCCAGGAGAGGCUGAAUGCACUGGCCAUGCUCUCCAUGGAAAAGAGACUUGUUUGUGAAAUGACAGAUUUCAAUCAGAAAGUCAUUGAAAAAUGUGCUGGCCUGAAGGAGAGGAGAGCAAAAUUUAUGUUCAAGUAG